CCCGACCAGUUCAUGGAGGCCAUCCGCAACACGGCCGGCCGCCGGAAGAGGAAGCUGGACGCCUCCAGCCAGGGCUCCGCCUCCGAGCCGUCCUCCUCGAAGUACCUUGCGGGCGGUGGCGGCAUCCACCGUCGCGUCGGCGGCGCCGCCUCGGUCAAGUCGGGCCGCUCGAGCUGGUCGACGGGCGGCGCGUCGACGGCGUCGGCCAAGUCGUCGCGGUCGGGCCGGUCGGCGGCCAGCCGGCCCGGCGCCGAGUACGCCUCCAAGAAGGGUCGUGGCGAUGUGAAGCGUGCCGGCCGGCCCGAUCCAUACGCCUACGUGCCGCUCAAGAGGAGCACGCUCAACAAACGGAAGAAGGCCAAGUUCGAGGGCCAGUACAAGAACAUUGUACGCGGCGCGCAGAAGGGUGCCACCAAGGGCGCCAAGGCCCGCGGCCGUUCACGAGCCCGCUGAGGCCGUGCCGCCGUGCAUCAGUCGCGACGCAUUGAGCGGGCUGUGGGAGCCUGGUCAGCCACCGCCGUCGGCCCAUCAAUAUUGCACGCUGAUGGGACCGGCCGCCAGGCUCGAGACAACGCGGCGCGUCCAUGGGCCGCGUGGUGCGUGUGGCGUUGUGUGACGCCGUCGUGGCGGCUGGGGGAGCGUUCUGGGCAGGUCGGCGGCAGGACGUUGUCUGUGGUCUCACUGGCAGUGGCAAGACCUGCACAUUUGAGUACCGGUACAGCUAGCCUGGGAACACCUCCUUUCGAGCCGGUGUGAAUACGAUCUGUGAAUAAAUAUGAGCCGGGAGGUGACA